AAGCGCAAAUCGCGGAUAAAUGGUGAAAUCAGCGGGCUCGUCGUUCGCGGACACGCACGGGCGGCACGGGUUUACGUAUUGGACGUGAUUCACGCUUCCUGCUGUUGUCAGCCCUGAUUCACAGGAUCAUGGUCGACCGAUUGGUAAACAGCGAGGCCAAUGCCAGGCGUAUCGCGAUGGUCGAAAACUGCUUCGGCGGUUCGGGUCAGCCGCUUGCGGUACCCGGCCGAGUCCUGGUGGGCGAAGGGGUCCUGACGAAAAUGUGCAGGAAGAAGCCCAAGCCUAGACAGUUCUUCCUGUUCAACGAUAUAUUGGUCUAUGGAAAUAUCAUGAUUAAUAAAAAAAAGUACAACAAGCAGCAUAUAAUACCACUGGAAGAAGUAAAGUUAGAGUCUCUAGCAGACGAGGGUCAAUAUCGUAAUGGAUGGCUCAUUAAAACAGUAACAAAGUCGUUUGCUGUUUAUGCUGCUACUCCAACAGAAAAGCAAGAAUGGAUGGCACAUAUCACAAAAUGUAUUGAAGAUUUGUUAAGAAAGAGUGGCAAAAAGCCUGUCGAAGUCCAUGCAGCAGUUUGGGUGCCAGAUAACGAAGCUACAAUUUGCAUGCACUGCAAUAAAACACAAUUCACAGUAUUAAACAGACGGCAUCAUUGUAGGCAAUGCGGAGCAGUAGUCUGUGGUCCGUGCAGUAAUAAAAAAUUAUUAUUGCCUGGGCAAGGAAACGGGAAAGCUGUCAGGGUCUGUUUACAAUGUUACGAUGCCGCUAGUAAAAUCAAAGCUAUACCCACGACUGCUGUGGAUAGCUUAAAUAACAAAGACCCACAACGUAAUUCCGCUGACAGUUCAGGAGGGGACAGCUCUGGAGACGACGAUGAUGCAAAUAAGGAGGAAAAUCACGAUGAGCCUAAAUUCUAUUCCACGCUUGGUCGAUGAAAAUGACUGUAUAUCAUACUGAACGAAAUACGAAAGAUAUAAAAAUUCUACAAAAAAAUAUUCUUGAAAAUCAAUAUGCAAGUAAAUAUUGAAUAUAUUAACAAUAGGAAAGUUUAUGGGAAUAUUGUUCAAGAGAUAUUUCUAAACGAUAUAUUAGAAUUGACGAAAAAGCAUUGCAUAUGAUGUGAAAUUCUGCCAAAAUUCGCGAAACACAUAUUGUUAUACAUAUAUAUCUAAUUUGCAUUCUGCAGUUUUUAUUAAUAAAAAAAUAUUGCAUUUUAUUAAGGCAAAUUAAGAAAUAGUAAAUAUAUAUAAAUAUACACAUAUACGUAUAGAUGACUGAAAGAACAAAACAAAGUACCAAUAGGUUUGUUCGCAUUGCUUUAAAUCCCCAAAAGUUUUCCCCGUAAAACGAGAUAAAGGCAACCUCCAAAAACGUCACCCGAAUACCUUCGUAUAUUAGUUUAUUCUUGUCCAUCGAAUAUUAAACAAGGAUUGAUGUUUCUGAAUGUACCCAAAACAUAUUCAAGCAAUGGAGAGAAAGAAAACAAAAAUGCUGCAUGAGUGCAAAAGAUAUAAGUAAUGCGAAUAAACCUAAUAUUUUUUUUUAAGAUACCAGAAAUGCACAGUUAGAAAUUAACAAAGAUUUAUAAUUAAUACAAUUACAUAACGAUCAAUGCGUAAGCCACUAUAUAUAACGCGCGAUUAAUUAUAAUUAGAUACCUUUUCUAAAACCUUUUUCAUGAAUGUAUAUUAAGAAUAUAUGCCACUAUUGUGCCUUUUUACAUUAUGGAUCGAUAUUGGAUAUCUAAAUAAUGUAACAUUUAAUGCAACAUAUAGAAUUCGGAAUGCAAAGACUAAUUUUUAAUGUACACAUUUCUUUCUUACCUAUUAUUGCAAAUACGUUACAAGUAGAUACAGUACGUAACACUCCAAACGUAAUAUCUGUGAAUAAACUGUUGUAUUAUUAUAAAUUUAA